AUGGAUCCUGUAGCACGCACUUACCUGUCAGUACAAAAGCCGCUAUACAAAGAGAUGAAAGAGUAUCUGCACAACCUUAUUGCACAAGGAUCGGUCAAGAAAUCCAACUCAUCUUAUGCCUCGCCCGUUGUCUGUGUGAGAAAGAAGGACGGCAGCUUACGUCUUUGUAUAGAUUACAGAGAACUAAACAAAAAGACUCAUCCAGACAGACAACCAAUCCCUCGAGUGCAGGACAUUCUUGACAGUCUUGGCGGCAACUCAUGGUUUUCGUUGUUAGACCAAGGCAAGGCCUACCAUCAGGGCUUUAUGGAUGAAGGCAGCCGACCUUUAACUGCAUUUGUGACACCAUGGGGCCUGUACGAAUGGAUAAGGAUUCCAUUCGGGCUGAUGAAUGCACCCGCAGCCUUCCAACGCUGCAUGGAAGAGUGUCUGGAAGAGGUGCGAGACAACAUCUGUGUACCCUACCUUGAUGACACCCUAGUGUACAGUCAUUCAUUUGAUGAUCAUGUCAGUCAUGUCAGAAAAGUGCUCCAGCUACUGAGGAAGUAUGGGAUCAAGCUUAAACCCAGCAAAUGUGAAUUAUUCAAACACGAGGUUCGCUAUCUAGGGAGAAUUGUUUCAGCCGAAGGAAAACUGGAGUUUCUCGCACUGAAGUGGGCUGUCACAGAGAAAUUCAGAGAUUAUCUUUAUUAUGCGCCUACUUUCACUGUGUUCACUGACAAUAACCCCCUCACCUACAUCCUGUCAAGUGCCAAGCUAAAUGCAACUGGAUGUAGAUGGGUGGCAGAGCUUGCAGACUUCCAUUUCACCAUCCGAUAUCGCCCAGAUUUGUGUAAGGGUGGUUACGAGUAUAUUUUGGUGAUUGUUGACCACUUUACUCGUUUUGCACAGGCUUAUGCCACCACCUCCAAGUCUGGCAAAACGGUUGCUGAUCGCAUCUUUAAUGACUACGCCUUGAAGUUUGGACUGCCAGCACGGAUACACCAUGACCAAGGUGGUGAAUUUGAGAACCAGCUCUUUGCCCAGCUGAAAAAGAACUGUGGCAUAUUGGGAUCCCGAACUACACCAUAUCACCCACAAGGGAAUGGACAAGUUGAACGGUUAAACCGGACGUUACUACAAAUGUUGAGGACACUUACUGAUAGGCAGAAGACAAGUUGGAAAGAGUCCUUAAACAAGCUUAUCUACACCUAUAACUGUACCAGAAGUGAGGUAACUGGGUUUUCUCCUUUCUACCUUCUCUUUGGAAGGUCCCCAAGGUUACCUAUUGAUCUGCUGUUUGGUCUCACCUCUGAGACAGGGAAAACAGACCACCGAACCUACAUGGAGAAAUGGACACGAGAAAUGCAAGAGGCAUAUGACAUAGUACGGGAGAAUGCAAAGAAGUCAGCAGACAGGAGUAAAAAACAUUAUGAUGGGAAAGUGAGAAGCUCUGUGUUAUAUCCUGGCGAUCGUAUCCUUGUCCGAAAUCUGACCCCUAGAGGAGGAAUGGGGAAGCUUCGUAAUCACUGGGAACAGGACAUCCAUGUUGUCAUCUGUCAAGUUGCAGAAGGCCUCCCCGUGUAUGAGGUGAAACCAGAGCAAGGGAGGGGAAGGUCAAGAAUCAUGCACCGCAACCUGCUGCUGCCAUGUGAUUACUUACCCCUGGAAAGGCCACCAGAAGUAUCACCGAAGCAAAAGAAAAGAAGGGUGAGGGAAACAGACACAGAACAGGUGAACCAGGAAGUGGAAGAUGACGAGGAGGAAUGGGGGUACUAUUAUGGGCCCGCAACACAGCCUCAAGUGCCCAGUACAGAGAGGGUCACAGAGCAUGGUGAUGGCUAGGAGAAACCAGAGGUCGGUGGUAAUGGACCACUGGGUGAAGAAAGGCUCAUGUUGUACACAGAGGAGCCUGAGACACAGGACGAAAACAGGCCACAGGAAGAAGACCAUCGAGAGGAAGAUGGACAAGUAGUUGGAGAGGUAAUGGAUGACACUCUAGCAUCUCCACGCCCAUGCUUGCCUGAAAGCAACAGAGAAGGGACCUAUAGUUUGCCAAGGAGGGAGAGAUGAGCCCCUAAUGUUUUCACCUAUGAUCAGCUGGGUACUCCAACAUGCUACAGUACAGUGUGUACAAACGAAAUGCCCUACCAGUAUCAGCCCAUACAACACAGAGAUGUUCAACCAAUAACCAUGUGGCCUAAUUCCUUCCAAAUUUGUCAGCCACUGUUCAUGCAAAGAUACUGAACAAAGAACAGACUUAAGACUCAGUGCAAAGAGGGAACUAAGAUUAAAAAUAACUGGAUUUUGUGACAUUUUGUUAACUUUUAGUUCAUAAGAGAUGUGAU